ACCAAAACAAAAAAAAAAUCGUCUGAUGGUGGCUGACACAAACGUCAAUUUCCUUACCGAAUGAAAGUAUGGUUUUUGUGUUGAAAUUUGUGGCUGUUUUCUAAAAAUCUAGCUUGUGGUUCCAAAUUUAUAAGCCAGUGUAUUGAUCCCUUUCCUCCAGUUCGUCAAUUUCGAUUCUCGCAUUCUCCCCACUGACUGUUUUCCUAACAACUUUCCGCUAGGAGAGAUUCUAUCCGAACCGGAAAGCGAUGGAGACCACAGGAGCUCCCCCGAAACAGAAACGACGUCCCCGAAAGCACAAGCCAAAACAGCAGCAGCUCCCGAAGGACGAAGUUCUUCAGCCAGCAGAGACAGUUUCCAAGGAGUCUAAAGCAACGACGGACAAGGAAAACGUGCAACAGCAACUUCAGCAGGAACCGAACGGCCAACUGAACAGAAAUCCCAGCAAACGCAACAGGAAGCGAAACAGAGGCAAAAAGCAGGAAACGAGCGAUCAGCAAAUUCAAUCGAUUGAAUUACCAGAGAUUUUUCCAAACGCACAAGAAUAUGCGUUGGAAAACCAAACGGUUCUGAGAAAGGAAACGGUUCAAACGACUAGUAAGAGUAAGCCUCCGAAGCCGAAGAGGCCAUCGAAUUUCGAGAAGAAUAAAACGAUCGAGAAUAUCGAACCAGAACGAAUCUUUCCUGUUUGUGUCAUUGACUCAAAGAAGUUGAAAUCAAAUACCUCUGCGAUUGAGGAUAUCGGGUUGGAAGAGAUAUUUCCAACGUCUGAGAUUUACAACUUUGAGAAUAAUGCUGUACCGAGGAAGUUGAAAACAAUCAAGGUACAACCGAAGGUUCAGCGUCGAAAGAAGGCACAAAUCAUUGCUGGAUUGCAAGAUAUUGCUUGCAGAGAUAUUUUUCCAACAGAUUCUAAUCGAACUGAACCACCUGUUCAACGGUCGGAACAAAUCAUGGAUCCCCCGAAGACUGAGAAAACACGAGAAGAAGUGAUGGCUGAACGAGAAGCUAAGAAAGCUGCCAAGGCAGCUGCUAAGGGAAAAGGCAAGGAAACCCCAAAGCCAGCUACACAGGCAGAAAGCACUCCUUUGCAGAAGUCAAGUACGGACUCGAGUCUUUCCGAAAAGCUCGACAAACUGCACAUAUCAGAUCCUCCUGCAGCUGCUAAACCAGCUGUCGAGAUGCCUUCACAAGCUACCAAGCAGCUGAGCAAAGCUGAACGCAAAGCACAGUUCGAAGCGCAGAAUCCGAAUUUGGCCAAACCGAAAGCCGAAACGAAACCAGCCACUUCUAAAGCCGAACGACGAGCCCUACAGGAAGCCCAACGAGCUGCCAAAGCAGAAGCCCAGACCAAGAAGGCUGCUCCUGCCCCUAAAGCUAGCACAGAAUCCUCUAGCAAAGCCGCCACUCCAGUAGCGAAAAAGGAAACCACCCCGACAGCUAACAAACAGGUCAAAAAAUCCGUCAAAACUACGGACUCCCCACAGCAGCAACCGCACAUGGUCAAACUGUUCAACCACCUCUACACGAAGAAGUUUGCGGCCUCGGAGAUCGUUAACUCGAGCCAACUGCAUCCAGCCAUUACGACACUGGGUCUGCAGUACGCCGAGGGAGUCAUGGCCGGUUCCAAGGCUCGCUGCUUGGCCUUCCUGAAAGCUCUGACGCAAAUGAUCAACGACUAUGAAACCCCCCCGGAGAAGGAAUUUUCCCGAGGGUUCGAAGAAACGCUGAAUCCGAACAUUGCCUUCCUGCAGAAGUGUCGCCCCUUCUCGGUGUCGAUGACCAAUGCGCUGAAGUACAUCAAGAUGUACACCAGGCAGCUGAACCCCAAGGAUUCGGACUCUGACCAAAAGGUAUGUCUCCAGGAAGCCAUCGAUACCUACGUGAGGGACCAGAUUGAAAAAGCCGAAGAAGCGAUUAGCAUUUCAGUGCAGGACAAGAUCUACGAUGGGGACGUCAUUCUCACCUACGGGUGUUCCUCACUAAUCAAACACAUUCUGGAGGAAGCCAAGUUUCGGCGCAAAAACUUCCGGGUGGUCAUCGUAGAUUCGCGACCGCGUAACCAAGAGCACGAAAUGCUUCGCCAGUUGGUGGCGCAAGGAAUCGACUGUACCUGCGUACUUAUCAACGCCAUCAGCUACGUCAUGCCGGAGGUUACCAAGGUGCUUCUGAGUGCCCACGCGCUCCUGGCCAAUGGAUGCGUCAUGUCUCGCGUAGGAACGGCCCAGAUAGCACUGGUGGCCAAGUCCUACAACGUCCCGGUGCUGGUGUGCUGCGAAACACAUAAGUUUAGCGAGCGCGUUCAGACGGAUGCUUUCGUUUAUAAUGAAAUCGGAAAUCCAAACGACCUUAUCCUGAACUCGGGCACUCGGGAGAACCGAUCUUGCAAUCCACUGGCCGAAUGGGAGUCCAUCAGUCAUCUGACGCCGCUCAACUUGCACUACGACGUGACACCACCAGAGCUGGUGACGGCCGUCGUAACGGAAGUGGCCAUCCUUCCGUGCACGAGUGUUCCCGUCAUUCUGCGCAUCAAGCCCUCCGAAGUUGGAUAUUAAUGGAUGACCUGUCAAGGUAUAACGUAGAUCAUAGGACGCGUUCAAAAUUUUGCGCUAUAGAAAUAAACCAUGCUUGUAAACGGUUGGACGUUAAAUCUUAGAGUGCUUAACUUGUAAAAAAUCCAUUAUUUAAAGUUCUAUCAUAACCAUAUGGCUAAACGUG